UUUGCUUUCCCUCGCCUAUUCGCUGUGGCCCAACCUUAUCUCAUAGCCAUUUGCUAGGAGACGGGGUGAAGCCAUCGUCAGCUACUUUCGCUAUUAGCACAAACAGCGGAGCAGGAAGGCGCUUUCUGUCGUGUGGUUGUGUGUCCCCAAGCCCAUGCUUUCAACUCCAAACGCCUACAACCACCAUCCAUCCUCCGUUGUUCGUCCGAACUGUCUUCUGUUUGACUGGACCCACCAUAGCUGAGGUUUCAGUCUAUUCAAAGACCGACUCGUCGCGCAUCGCUCGCCGUUUCUCGCAUCGUCUGCGAUCCUCCGUUACUGGCGACAGAUGUCUUUAAGUAGAUGCUGACGUCAGCGAGCUCUAAGCGCUGCGAGAAUGCUAUGGCAGUGUGGCGGAUCGAGCACAUGACCAUCAGGAACGACUGCAAAGACAAGAUAUGGCGCAUCCUUGCAUCCCUGCCCCCUACCGCUUCCAACAUUAAAUUCUAGGAUUCAAAACCUAAGCUCUUGUGGGAUAACUCCUCCCGCCGACGCCGCCCGUCUCCUCCUCUUUCAUUAUUUUGAAAGGCUGUCUGGCAGCGCCGCUUCAGCCCUAAACGUCCGAUCGAGCGACUCUAGUCUUCACGACACGUCUCGUUCGCAAUCUUAUUCAGCAGGGGGGAAAACGUAUUCACGGUUCUUCUCGUUUCGAGCCGCUCGAGCCCAUCGAUGACUGCACAGGUCGCAUCCAUGUCCGCCGGAGUCGCGUCGCUAACAGUCACCGUGAAAUCCGCAUCGACGUCGGCGAUCAGCGAGGACACUGCUUAUAGCGAGGAUGCCGUCUCCGCCCCGAUCACCGGCGGCAUUCCCGAGGGCCGACCGGUAGAUGCGGCGGGGAUGGGGAUGCUUCCGAACCUGGGUUCGGAGCCGGGAAUGGCGGAUCCCGUGGUUCGGUACACGGUGGCGGAGCAGGUGAAGAAAGGCGAGGAUUUUCACAUGGCGCAUGCCAACUACCGGUUGGGCGGCGUUAAUUGCGGCGUGUAUUGCGUGUUUGACGGCCACAACGGCACCGCGGCCGCCGUGCACUGCAAGAAGGAGCUCUUAGGGUUCGUUAGCGAGCACCUACCAGGGGGGGCGUCGUACAGCGAGGGGGAGGGGGGGAACGAGGGGGAGGUGGGGGAGGUGACGAGUAAACGAAGGGAUGGGGAAGGUGCGGACGUGCCAGAGAGUGGCGGCGGCGGGGGCGGCGGGGAGUCGGAUGAGGGCUUGAGGAAGAGCGGCAGUAGCGGCGGCGGCGGCGGCGGCGGAGGGGGGAGUGGGGGCAAGAGGGAGGCGUGGCUGAAGGCGCUCCCCAUGGCGCUGGCGGAAGGCUUCCUCAAAUGCCACAACACGUUCGCCAUGCGCGGCCAGCCGUCGGGCACGACAGCAACGGUGGCGAUUGUAUCAGGGUGGACGGUGACCGUGGCGGCAGUGGGGGACUCGAGGGCGAUCCUGGAUACCACUGGGGGGGGCGUCACGCCCCUUUCGCUGGACCACCGGUUCGAGGUGUCUGAGGACGAGUGCAACAGAGUGCUCAAGGAGGGCGGCCAGCUGGCGAGGCUCCGGACGUUUGAUGGCAUGCAGCUGGGCCCGCUGCGCAGUUGGCCGGGGGGGCUGUGCGUGUCACGGUCAAUAGGCGAUGUGGAUUGCGGCACGUUCAUCACCCCGCUGCCGCAUGUCAAGCAGAUACAGAUCCCCCAAGUGGGCGGCAGGGUGGUGAUGGCGUCAGACGGGCUGUGGGACGCAGUGGAGUCAGACAAGGCUGCCAGGCGGUGCAGGGGCCUGCCGUGCACCGCUGCUGCUCCGCUGCUCGUCAAGGAGUCCAUCAAGGCCAAGGGCCUGCGGGACGACAUCACUGUGCUGGUGGUGGACCUGCUCGCCGCCUCUGCUGCCGCUGACCCCUCCGCCUGCCCCGUGCCCAAGCCGCCCGGCUCCAAGUCCUUCUUCGCCAAAUUUAGGAGCAAGAGCUACUCCAGCUCUCUCUCCAAGUCCUCAAAGAAACUAGACAGCAAGCCACUAACGACUCCAACCGCCAACCCCCGUAGCAACCCCUGGGACCAGCGCGUCCCCUAUAUAAUGAACGACCACGACUCCAUAAGAGGCGGCGACCUGUUUGAGCGGUACCAGAACAGCUCGGUGCACUCGGCGGGGAAUUUCUGUGCGGUUUGCGGGCAGCAGAUUGAUAAUUCUGAGAAUGCCGAGGCAAGCGUGCGAGCCGGGAACAGGAUGUGCUCACGACAUGCAAAAUGUGGGUGAGGGGAUGGGGUGUGAGUGCAUGAGGAGUGUCAUGGGGACGUGCUGCUAACGAGAGGAACAAGGACAGGGUGCUCACGCUUAGGCAAGGUGCGCUUGCAGCAGUUGGUGUGGUUGUAGCACACUAUUCAACUGCUAAGUGGGCGCAUGAGAGGGUAAGGUUGGGGUCACCCAACGGGUCUAAUAUGGGUGAUGCAAGAAACUGUUAUUUCCGAGUUUCUGCCAGGCAAGGCUGGUGGUUGUGGUGAUGGGUGUUGUGACUUUGAACGCACGAGAUGAUGUAUUGGUUUCAGUAUUCUAUGAACAUGUGGCUACCGUUGUAGCUUUAUUACACGGAACUAAAAGACUGGAUUAUUU